AUGAAGCUACUCUGGAAUAGCGAGAAGGCAUCGCCGCCUUCCUCACUGGAUGAUGAACACAUCCAGGAUCACCAUGGAGCUACGAACGUGCCGUACCAGACGGACGCAUACGAUGAGGACCUUCAUGUGCCGUGUCCAUCCCAUACGACGGAGCGGAAACUGGUGAUGCGCAUCGAUUGGCAUGUAGUGCCAUUCUUGUGUAUCCUCUACUUGCUGGCUUUCCUGGAUCGGGUGGUGAGUGCUCGUGUCAACACCGCGGAUACGCUAUUGCUGGAGAAUGGCUAAUGUUUGAACCAUAGAACAUCGCCAAUGCGAACGUCUUCGGCCUUUCAAAGGAACUCAAUCUCAAAGGCAACGAAUACAACACCGCGCUGGUCAUCUUCUUCGUACCCUACGUAUUGCUGGAGAUCCCGAGUAAUAUUCUGCUGAAGAAGUUCAGUCCCAGGGUCUGGCUGUCGGCGAAUAUGUUCUUCUUUGGAUUCACGACUAUCAUGCAGGGGGUUGUGAAGAGCUAUGGUGGUUUGCUUGCGACGAGAUUCUUCUUGGGAGUCUUCGAGACUGGCAUGUUUCCGGGAUGCUUCUAUCUGAUUGGCAUGUGGUAUCGUCGCCACGAAGCGCAAACGCGAUAUUCGUUCUUCUUCAGCUCUACGAGUCUGGCUGGUGCCUUUGGAGGGCUGCUCGCUGCGGCUAUUGGCAAGAUGGAUGGAAUCAGUGGUUAUGCUGGUUGGAGAUGGAUGUAAGUUUUGAUCUCUCAGGAUAUCCAAACUGACAUUGACAAGGUGGAUAGCUUCAUCCUCGAGGGCUGCCUGACCGUAGCAUUCGCCUUCCUCUUCUUCUUCAUCCUCCCAAAUUUCCCCGAACAAGCCACAUGGCUGAACGAAGACGAAAAAGCCUACGUCGCGGCCAGACUCACAGCCGACCAAGGCCAAACCGCAGCUGAACGCAACAUCACUCUCAAAGAUGUCGCCAACGUCUUUAAAGACUAUAAGAUCAUCGUCGCCGGCUUCAUGUACUUUGGUCUGGUCGUUCCCGCGUACGGAUACGCCUACUUCGCACCAGGCAUUAUCAAAACGUAUGGCUACGGAACUAUUCAGACACAACUACAUUCUGUGCCUCCCUGGGCUGCUGCCUUUGGAUGGUCCAUGAUCGUGGCGUGGAUGUCCGAUCGGACAAAACAUCGGUUUGGCUUUGCCAUUUUCAGUAUUUGCAUCGCAAUUGCUGGAUUUGCGAUUCUGCUCUCCGUCCACGAUAACACGAACGUCCAGUACGGGGCACUCUUUCUGGUUACGUCGGGCACCUACUCGGCGAUGCCUGUCAUCGUUUGUUGGUUCAACAUGAACCUAGGAGGUCACCACAGACGAUCAGUGGGAAGUGCCUGGCAAAUCGGAGUAAGUCAUAUGGUACCUGUGCCUAUAAGAAAGUGAGAUUAGACUAACGUUGUGGACAGUUCGGCAACAUUGGUGGUAUCAUCGCCGUCUGGGCGUUCUUGAAGAAAGAUUCGCCCAAAUACGUCCCUGGCUAUUCGAUCUGUAUUGCUUUUACAGUCUUGAGCAUCAUCGCUUGCAUUAUCUAUGGCAUUGCCUGCUUGGCUGAGAAUCGCAAGAGAGACAACACGGCCCUGAAUGUAGGGUUGACGGAACAUGAGAAAACGGAGUUGGGAGACAAGCGUCCUGAUUAUAGAUAUAUGCUAUAG